ACCAUAAGCAUUAAGCCAUAGCUCUAUAUUGGCACUAAUUCAGCAUUCCUAAUGCCAAAAAGCCGUAUAUUAGCAUUUUUAAUGCAUAUGAGCCUCAUAUUAGCAUUGCUAGUGCACAGAAGCAUUAAUAAAAAUAAGCAUUACAGAAAGCUUAGUAUGCGCAUAUAGUGCAAUGAUUUAGUGCUUACAUGCAUUUAGAAAGCCUAGCAUUAAAACUUUCUUGAGUGCUUAUAAAGGGCUUGAUUAAAGUUUAGAAGGGCUAAAAAGUUAUGUGUUGAUCAUCAAAAAUACUUUAUAAAAUCAAAAUAACAUGGACGGUCCUCAGAAGUGGAAAAAAACGUUAAAAAGUGGACAUUUCAGACGAAAAGUACAUGUGUAUCGUAAUAUAAACGUUUCUGAUGUUCCCAAUGCUACGGAAAUUGAGCAACCGAAUGAACUGGGAUCAGAAUCAGCAUUAUUUGUUUGUGCGGUUCCGGAACGUCCAACAAAUUCUGCAGACGAGGAGACUGAUGAAGGCAAUUCUCAGACAGCUUCCCUGGAUAAUUCCCUGACAGAUUAUAGUCCCGAUGAAGAUUCCGAAGAAGAGUGGAACCACUUGUCUGAUGCAUCAUACGUAGAAGCUAGCCAAGAGGAACAAGCUGAACACAGCAGCCAAGCGGAAAACUUAACAUCAUUUUUGCGGAACUGGAGUACGCAAUUCAAUAUAUCUCAGCAAGCUUUGAAACCACUGUUACAAAAAUUGAACAACUAUGAUCGAACGCUUCCGGAAAGUCCAAGAAGGCUUCUACGCACUCCUAGGAUAAACCCAACCAUUAUUGAUAUUGAAGGCGGUCAAUAUUGGCAUCAAGGUUUAGAACAUUGUCUUCGUAUGUGCUUUCCGGAAUUAAAAGAGCCCUUAAAAGUAAACAUCAAUAUCAACAUUGAUGGACUACCGUUGUUUAAGAACGGUACCAAUCAGGUUUGGCCAAUAUUAUUCAACCUACACGAAUUCGCUUCCUUAAAACCAAUGAUAGUUGGCAUUUUCUACGGAAAAAGUAAGCCAAAGAAAGUUGAGGUGUUUUUGGCCCCAUUUGUGAAUGAACUCAAACCUUUGAUAACAUCGGGAAUUGAUGUGAAUGGUGUAAAAUUAGCGGUUAAACUUCGGGCUAUAAUCUGUGAUUCCCCUGCCAGAGCGUUUGUAAAAGGUGUAGUAAAUUUCAAUUCACAUCAUGGCUGCAUGAAAUGUUGCACUAUUGGACAGCACUCAACUCUUCUACGGACCAAUAUUUUUCCACGAACAUUUGCCCCCAAGAGAACCGAUGCUGCAUUUCGAAGUGGGAUGUACGAUGAACAUUACCAAAUUUACAAAACACGAGAAAAUGGAAAAUUGAAGAGAACACCGGUUGUUUCACCGCUACUUCAAUUACCAAUCGAUAUAGUUGAAGAUGUGAUUGUAGCCGAUUCAUUACAUCUCCUUCACUUAGGGAUAACGAAAAGAUUAAUCCUGGCGUACAAAGAUGGUCAUAAUGGAAGUGACGAAAAUCAAGAAAUUACUAAGAUCAGGAAAACUCCCAUUGCAUCAAAUUAUAAACCGUGUUACUGA